CUUAAUUAGCUUCUGAAUGACACCUGAUUAUUUCGAUCCUCUCAUGUUGAACAUCUAAGGAGUUUCGAUUGAGAACCUUAACCAGUUUUUCAAUAUGAUAUGAUUGCUACAUAUCUAUCUUUCUGAACGAGUCAAGUGUCUAAUAUCAUGAACAACCUUUUUACAGCUGCUGAUACUACUAUCUAUCAUGAUAGCAUUAAGGAGAAAAUCGCAUCUGCUCUCAAGAAUGCCUACAUUUCUGACAACUUCGGAUGCUGGUUGGUUCAAUUUUGGGCACCUGUAACUACUAAAGAUCAGGUUUUUCUAACAACUUGUGACCUACCUUUUGGUCUUACGAAACUCCAUGAAGGACUUUGUUUUUAUAGGUCAGAGUGUCUGAAAUUUAGAAUUCCUAUUGUAACUGAUUGUUCUGAGAAUGAGUAUCGACUUGGUCCUACCGAACGCGUGUUCAAACAUGGUUUGCCUAAAAUGAGUCCGGAUAUUUCGCGCUAUUCAGUUGCUGAUUUUCCUCAGCAUGGCUCGGCUUUAAUUGCUGGUUUAGGGAACUAUUUGGCUGUACCGGUUUUUGAGCCUCUUAGUAAUGAACGCGCUGGAGUACUGGAGAUCAUAGGGGAUAAGAAGGGAAGCUUCUCUCAAGAUUUUGUUCAAAUGGUGUAUGAGAUGCUCAAUAAGGUGGACUUGAGAUCAUCAAACAUAUAUGGCCACCCCGACAAGAAGGGACUUGAAUCAGAGAAUCUCGACGGCUCAUUCGAUGUUUUGGAAUGGUGGAAGGACAAACAAAAACACUAUCCG